CACCACAGUGUCAUUCACUAUGGCAUUAAUUUCCCCAGAGAAUCUCCUCCGCCGUCCCCAACCCACCCAAAAAUGCACACUGGGCUGCCCCGUCCUCGACCGCUGCCUCGGCGGUGGCAUUCCCUGCAACUCCAUGACCGAGCUCGUCGCCGAGAGCGCCUCCGGUAAGACCCAGUUCUGCCUCCAACUCGCCCUCUCCGCCCAACUCCCGCCCUCCCGCGGCGGCCUCUCCGCCUCCUCUCUCUACCUCCACACCGAGUUCCCCUUCCCCUUCCGCCGCCUCCACCAGCUCCGCCGCGCAUUCUGCGAUCGCCACUCGAUCGGCCGGGAAUUUGAUCCUUCUGACAAUGUGUUCGUCCACGCCGUGCAUUCUGCAGACCAAUUGCUCGAUGAAAUGCGCAAGAUAGAAUCCUUCCUCUCCGAGCGUAAACCCCGGUUCCCCGUUAGAGUCAUCGUGAUCGAUUCGAUUGCGGCGCUUUUUCGGUCUGAAUUUGACAACACCCCUUUUGAUCUUAAGCGAAGAUCGUCUCUUUUCUUUAAGAUAUCGGGCAAAUUGAAGUCAUUGGUGGAUAGAUUCAAUGUCGCAGUUGUUGUGACGAACCAGGUGGUUGAUUUUAUGGGCGACAAUGGAGGUAUGAAUGGACUGAGAAUUGGGAACUUGAAAUAUUUGUAUUCGUCCGAAAGACGGGUUUGUCCCGCUUUGGGUUUAGCUUGGGCAAACUGCGUGAAUUCAAGGUUGUUCUUGUCAAGAAACGAGGAAGUUAUUCGAGAAGAGAAUGGCUCUGCGAAUGCGGGUAAUGGGGAUACUCUCCGUAGACAAACUAGAAGACGAAUUCAUGUUCUUUUCGCUCCUCAUUUGCCCGAAUCGUCGACUGAAUUUGUUAUCAGAAGAGAAGGGGUUUUUGGAGUUGACAGAUGAACGGUGUGUAUUUGUG